CCAGGCGCACACGUAGUCUCGUCUCGUCCGCCGCACGCGCGUUUCUCUGUGACACUCCGCGAGCCCCCGACGACCGCGCCGCUCGACUCUCCACCUGCCGGCGACGAGCUUGCAGCCCCAGCCCGCCCACUUCCGCCUCCUUCCGGCCUCCCUCUUUCCCCAUUCAGGCUCCGGAUCUGGGCGCUCUCGGUGAUGGACGGCGGCGGCGGCGCGGAGGGGGAGCUCACGGCGCAGGAGACAGCGCUCUACGACCGCCAGAUCCGCGUCUGGGGCGUCGACGCCCAGAAGAGGCUAAGUAAAGCGCACGUGCUUGUUUGCGGCAUGAACGGCACUACUAUUGAGUUCUGCAAGAAUAUUGUUCUAGCAGGAGUUGGUAGUUUAUCCUUCAUGGAUGAUCACAUCGUCACGGAGGAUGAUCUGAAUGCAAAUUUCUUAAUUCCUCCUGACGAGAGCAUAUAUGGUGGUAGAUCUCGAGCCGAAGUUUGCUGCGAGUCCUUGAAAGAUUUCAAUCCAAUGGUCCGAGUUUCUGUCGAAAAGGGUGAUCCAUCACUUAUUGAUGGAGAAUUCCUUGACAAGUUUGACAUUGUUGUAGUUAGCUGUGCUUCUCUUAAAACAAAGUUGUUUAUUAAUGACAACUGCCGAAAGAGAAGCAAGCAUAUUGCCUUCUAUGCUAUAGACUGCAAGGAUUCUUGCGGUGAAAUAUUUGUUGAUCUGCAGAAGCACAGUUAUGUUCAGAAGAAGCCUGGAGGAGAAAGUGAACAGCAGGAGUUGACAUAUCCUAGUCUUCAGGAAGCUGUCUCUGUACCAUGGAAUAAUCUUCCAAGAAAGACAACUAAAUUAUACUUUGCUAUGCGAGUGUUGGAAAAUUAUGAACUCUCUGAAGGGCGCAGCCCUGGUGAAACAACACUUUCUGAUAUGCCUGCAGUUUUGGCUCGGAGGAAGGACAUGUGCGAUAGAAUGUCUUUAAACGAGUCUCAAAUUCCUACUGCUCUCAUGGAACGGCUGCUAGCAGCUGGAAAGAAGGAACAUCCUCCUGUUUGUGCAAUCCUUGGUGGUAUUCUUGGUCAGGAGGUGAUUAAAUCGAUAUCCUGUAAGGGUGAUCCGAUCAAGAACUUCUUCUAUUUUGACGCGGCUGAUGGUAAAGGUGUCAUCGAGAAUAUCCCCGCACCUUCUGCAAGCUGAAGCGCUUAUUCUCCGAACUCUAAUUCUACCAGGCUCACUGGUCCUUGUACACACUCGUUAGCAUUGAACAUGUAACAGCUCUUAGAUUAGUAGCCGGUGAAGUGAAAAAGGUAUGUAGUAUUUUAUUGCUGCGAUAAAGCUAUGGCAUUAGGAAUGGUAUCGAGCAGAAAACUAAUGUUAUGCACCAACUAUUUUGAAGCUAAGUCAGGGAGACUUCAUAUCGAGGGAAAAGUGCUUUGUGAUUGUUUUCUCUUUA